AAACCAGAGCAAAUCUUAAAACAAUUCUCCCUCUCUCUCUCUCCUUACUUUCCGUGUUAUGGAUUCUUCUUCUCGUUGUUCCGUCAUCAUCAUCGGCGCAGGGAUUUCCGGUAUAUCCGCAGCGAAGGUAUUAGCAGAGAACGGAGUGGAUGAUGUGGUGAUUCUGGAAGCUUCAGAUCGUAUUGGAGGGAGGAUUUGUAAGGAGGAUUUCGGAGGCGUAUCGGUGGAGUUAGGUGCCGGUUGGGUUGCAGGUGUUGGCGGCAAAGAAUCCAAUCCUAUUUGGGAACUUGCCUGUAAAUCAGGCAUCCGUACCUGCUUCUCCGAUUACAGUAAUGCUCGUUACAACAUUUACGAUCAGAGUGGAAAGAUAUUCCCGAGCGGUAUAGCUGCGGCUUCGUAUAACAAAGCAGUAGAAUCAGCAAUUCAGGAACUCAGGAACCAGGAAGCUAAGCUGUCUGGUCUCUCCACGGCACCGGAAUUGCCAUCAUCCCCAAAGACUCCAAUAGAGCUUGCCAUCGAUUUUAUCCUCCAUGAUUUUGAAAUGGCCGAGGUGGAACCGAUAUCAACAUAUACAGAUUUUGGGGAGAGAGAAUUUCUUGUUGCAGAUGAGAGAGGAUAUGAAUUUUUGUUGUAUAAGAUGACGGAAACUUUUCUUUUAACCUCUGACGGGAUAAUCAUGGACAGUCGUCUUCAGCUAAACAAGGUUGUUCGGGAAUUACAGCACUCAAGAGACGGCGUUACGGUGAAAACGGAGGACGGUUGCGUUUACGAGGCCAAUUACGUGAUUUUGUCCGUUAGUGUUGGCGUUCUCCAAAGCGACCUUAUUUCCUUUCGCCCUCCUUUACCUAAAUGGAAAACAGAGGCCAUAAUGAAGUGCGAUGUGAUCGUGUACACUAAAAUUUUCCUCAAAUUUCCCUACCAGUUCUGGCCAUGUGGGCCAGGCACCGAGUUCUUCAUCUAUGCCCACGAGAAGAGAGGCUACUACACGUUUUGGCAGCACAUGGAGAAUGCGUACCCAGGGUCCAACAUUCUGGUGGUGACAUUAACCAAUGAUGAGUCAAAACGUGUCGAGGCUCAAUUGGAUGAGGAGACGAUGAAGGAAGCUAUGGGGGUACUUAGGGACAUGUUUGGACCAGACAUACCCUACGCCACUAACAUACUAGUCCCUCGUUGGUGGAACAACAGAUUCCAGCGAGGGAGUUACAGCAACUACCCCAUCUUCUCCACCAAACAAGACUUCACCGACAUAAAGGUGCCGAUUGGACCAAUCUUCUUCACAGGAGAACACACAAAUGAGAGGUUCAAUGGUUACGUCCAUGGAGGUUAUCUAUCAGGCAUUGACACGAGCAAGGGUUUGUUGGAAGAGCUGAGGAGGGAGAAGGGAAGAAAGAAGAAGGAGAAGGAGAUGAGCUCAUUGGAGUUGGUGGAGAAUCAAACAUUCCUGCUCGAACCAUUACUUGCGUUGACUGGAUCUUUGACUUUGACCCAGCAGGAAACGGUAAGGGGGCUCCAGAAGUGGGACAUUGCAAGGCAACUCUUGGUGAGUGGGAAGCUGGCCAUCAAAUGACUAAAUUGGCCCUGCACUGCAACAUAUCUAUUGACUUUGACCAAGAAGGCUCAACUCAACGACGGUGACAAGAAGAGUGAUUCACUGGGUCUCCCUCGUGUUCAAGCCUCUUGAGCUUCCCGUCCCAAAAUUGAGGAAU